AAAAUGCGGCGUGGACUACAUUUCCCAGCAUGCACCUGGCCCGCUCGCUUCCUCGCAGCGGUGAUGCUGAUGAUGGAGUGUUUUCGCUUGCGGUGCUGGAGUUGUGAUGGGUCUUCUGGAGUUCGUCUCUGAUCGUCAUGCUUCCCGGGGUCCUUUACUCGCUGCUGGCGGGUUUUCUCGGCGCGGUCGCGUCCUCCUCCGCCAAACUGUCCCUCGGCACAGACUACCUGAAGGGCGUCUGUGAGACGGGACUGCGCACCUGGGGCGAGCAGAGGAGAUUCACGCACCACCACGACACGAGCGCCUGCGACUGGCUGCACAUCCCUCUCCGACUGCUGUGUGGAGGUCUGCUGUUCACCUGCAACGCUGUGAUGUGGACGUUCCUGGCCAAAGCUCUCCGCAGCUCGUGCUCGUCAACCCGCACCACUGUGACCACCACCGCCUCCAACUUCAUCUCCUCUGCAUUUCUGGGGCAGCUAAUAUUCGGGGAGACGCACAUGGCCCUGUGGUGGGUGGGCAUCUCUCUUACUCUCUCUGGUCUUCUGGUGCUUCAUCACACGUCGCCCAACCUCACCCAAUCACACGACAGCAAGAGAGAAUGAAGUCACAGCGCGUUUAUAUUAUUAGAUGAGUUCAGUGUGUUUAAUAAGCAUAUGUGAGCCUGGACCACAAAAGCAUUAUAGUCAUAAGGGUCAAUUUUCCAAUGAUGUAUGGUUUUUUUAUGACAAUAUUUAGCUGAGAUAAAACUAUUUGAAAAUCUGGAAUCUGAGGGUGCAAAAUAAAUAAAUAAAUAAGAUAAUCACCUUUAAAGUUCUCCAAAUAAAGUUCUAAGCCAUGCAUAUUACUAAUCAAAAAUUAUCUUUUGAUAGUUUGACAGUAGGAAAUUUACAAAAUAUAUUCAUGGAACAUGAUCUUCACUUAAUAUUCUAAUGAUAAAUCUAUAAUUUUGA